AGUGUCUAGUUUAUGUGAACAUUAAAAGAAAAACAAAGAACUGUAAAGCAAAUAACUAAAGUUAAAGUGGGUACAAAUGUGAACGAUCGUUUGAAUCAUGACGAUGCGUCGGGAACCACCCAAAGGUCUGUUCAGAGUAAGGUACAAAAAACCAAUCGAUGUGAAGACGAUUAGAGAAUAUCAGAAGUUAAAGGAAAGGCAGUUGAAAAAGCAGACUCGGUGUUGUGUAAAAUCACAACACUUCAACACACAACACGACAACCUUCAGCAGGCAGAUAGUCAAAAACAGCCUUUAAAAGAUACCACCAAUACACCUCCCAAGCAGCAAAAAUUAGCCAAUAAUAGUGGCCAAGAAGAUCAGCUGAACAAUCAAGAACCAUCGUCUACUCAAAACACCGAUAACACUAAUCAACAAGGGUCACGGUCUCUUCAGUGUUUGGAAACUCUUGCCCAAAAGGCUGGCAUUCAUGAUAUUACAGCUGACGAUUGUAAAUAUGAUGUCGCAAAUACAUUACUGAAUUUGGACAGAGGACACGAAUUUAUUAAACAAAGCGUUGAUGCUAGUAUGUCAGGCACCAUGGCUGAUAUUAACAAACAGCAACAGCAACAGAUUGUUGAUGCCAAUACGCAAGCUAUCCAGCAAAAUCAGCAAGUACAACAGCAACAACAACAGCAGCAACAACAAGAACAACAGCAGCAGUUGCAACAAUUACAGCAACAAUCGUUAGUUGGUACUCAAAGCCCGCUUCAACAAGUGACAGUAAAUGCUCAAGGUCAGCAAUGUUUACAAACAGCCACGAACAUGGGCCCCCCACAACAACAACAUACAACUCCGAUGCACCAACAGCAAGGUCAACAGGUUCAGAUUCAAACCCAAGGUGGUCAAGUUUUAGCAACUGCGCACACUGGCAGUACUACUAUAACAACAAUGGCACCUCUUCAACAAAGUCAGCAAGCUACUCAUCCACAACAAGUUGACUGGAGCCACGGACGAGUUCAAGUUAUACAGCAACCUACCCAAAAUCCGAUGUACUUACAACAACUUUACAACCCACAAGGGCAGCUUUUAAUGCCUGGAAAUAUUGCGCUGCAUCCAAGCAUAAAUCCCCAGCAAAUUCAGGUUAUUACAAAACCUUUCCAAGGAAAUCAGUUAGCUGGCCCUCACAUGAUUGCAGCUACUCAGGGUAAACAAGUACUGCAGGGCAGUCAGGCAGCUACCUUUCCGGGAUAUGCAACUAUACCAACGAUUCCAACUACACAGAAUCAGCAAACCCUUGUUUUUAGUCAUGUUAUUAGCUCACAACCAAAUAUAUUACCAAACCAUUCAACACAGGGAAACCCUCAGGUGACCCAACAAAAACCUCAAGAAAUGCAUAAGGUUAUGGGUGGCCAAAAAGUACAAAUGCAAAAAGUCGCUAGCAGUACAGGGGCCGUGGCUCAAACGCAACAGCAAGGCCAAUGCGUUCAAGUGUCACAAGCCAUGAUAGGAACGCAACCUACCGCACAAAUAAUCAGUCCUAUACAACCUGGAAGCCAACAAAUGCAGUUCACAAAUGGGUUACCCUGGCAGUUUACUAACGGAUUGCCCCAAGUAUGGGCAACAAAUGGUAUACAGUCUCAAGCUUUGUUGGCACCCAAUCCUAUAUUUAUUAGAGGUACACAAUCGGAUGGUACUCCCGGAAUGUUCAUUCAACAGAAUCCACAGACCGCGACCAUUCAGACUCAACAAAAUCAAACAAUCGCCACGCAAGGAACUGUCCAACAAGUGAAUAAAACUCGACCAGUUAAUGAAAAUAUUCAACCUAAACAAACGACAAACAGACCAUUAAAUAUUUUACCGUCCAACGCUGCUGCCAUUAGACCUGCAAGUUCAGUAUCUACUCAAACAAUAGGAGCUCAGACGCCUGCAUCAAUGGGAAAUAAACCAGGUGGCAAAAUUAGAACGAAAGCACCACAAAUUCGAUCGCCAGCGCCUAAAGCUGAUGCUGCAAAUCAAACACAAAUGAAGUACAAUCUUCAACAUCACAUUGUAGGAAAUAAAAUGCUUGUAAUGAAUACUUCGACUGGCAUGACCACAACUAUGGCUCCGGGUUCACCUAUGACCCCUGAAAAAGUACAACAGCUUGCAAAUCAACAAAAUAAAUCCCAAGGUCAGGUAACCAAUACUCAACAAUUUGUUACAAUGGCACAACAACAAGCAAUUCAACAACAACAACAACAACAAGCCUUACAGCAAUAUCAGCUACAGCAAGGACAACAAUCUCAGCAGAUUCAAUCUAAACCAAUGAUGAUUCAGACCAUUCAAGGCAUACCACAGCAACAAUUGCAAAUAACGAAUGAUAGACCUAUAAUGCCUGUUGUGUCUAUGUCCACUCAAUCAAACGCGCAACAAGUUCAGCAGCAAAUUCAGGGAACCAUACAGCAAAAUAUUCCCCUACAACAAAAUCAAUCGGUUACCCAGCAGACUAUGCAAGUGAAUAUGCAGCAAUUACAUUCACAACAAAUUACGCAAAUGCCUUCUCCGGGGACAAUUUUAACAAAUCCAAUACAAGCCUCUACUCCUCCUACUGUAGCACCGCAACUUGGAAGUCAAUCAAAUCAAUCAGUACAACAACUUCAACAAAUUGCGGUUACAUCUGUACAACAGCAGCAGCAACAACAAGCGCAAUCUCUUCAGACUCAAUUACAGCAGGUUUCAUUACCAUCUGUAGUACCAUCCAUUACAAUUAAAGAUGAGUUGACCACAGCGCAACAGGAACUAAUUCCAUCCGCUUCACCACAAACGCAAUUAGCAGCUUUAACCCCUACGACAAUUUCUGACACUGAAACUAUUUCUUUAGACGCGUCGUCAUCCCAAUCAGAAAUUAAGGAAAUUAGUACAGGUUCUCAAGAUACGAAACCCAUAGCUAACAUAACGGAUAGUUCUCAGUCAGUCACUAUACCAGGGACCCUUCCGAGUCAAAUACCAAACCCUUCAGAAAUAGGACUGCCUAUGGUUGUUACUGCUGAAGAAGUAAAAGAAAGAUGUCCGCCAAAAGCAAUGGUAAAACCCCAGGUGCUGACACAUGUUAUUGAGGACUUUGUAAUACAAGAAUCUUCAGAACCAUUUCCAGUUACUCGAAGUGGAAUGAUUAGUGAUCUUAAAUCUACAACACAUCCAACCGAUAAGGAAUUAGAUGAACCACCAAGAAAAAAGCAAGCUUUAUCACCAAAUUCAUUUGCUUCGAAAGGCGAUUUGGCUAAAUGUGAAACAUGUGGAGUCCUUGAUCACAAGUCCAAAUUUAAACGAAAAAGAUUCUGCUCAAUUUUAUGUUCCAAAAGUAAUAAAUCUAAAGAUGACAACAAAAAAUGGGACAAAGAAGGCAUGGAAAUCGGCGAAACAAAAGCUGAGAGUAGUAAUCCAGCGACUGAAGAUGAUAGUCCUAAAAUAGACCCUAUAAAAUGGAGUGUUCAAGAAGUUUUUGAAUUUAUCAAAAAUCUACCCGGUUGUUCAGAUUACGCAGAAGACUUUCUUAUUCAGGAAAUCGACGGACAAGCAUUAAUGUUGCUUAAGGAAGACCACCUUAUGACAGCCAUGGCUAUGAAAUUAGGUCCGGCCCUGAAAAUUGUUGCGAAAAUUGAUGAUAUGAGAAUAGAUAAAGAACCUAAACAAAGUUAGAGACUAAUUUUAUCUAGUGAUUUUGAUUGACAUUUAUUGCAACUCCUUCUCAAGAAUAAGAGUUUUAUUUAUUAUUACUAUUAAGUUCGCGAAAUGUAUUUGUACUUUAAUUUUGUUUGUAGCUUAAAGUUAUUACUGAUUUUCCUCUCUAAUCGAUGGUUUGCAAUAUGAAAUAUCUAAAAGCCCAAAUUAAAAAUAUAAAUGAUCUCAAAAGCUUUAACUACAUACUUGAAUGAAAAAAAAUAUGUAAUACAUUUUCCAUUACCUAUGUAUUUAUUUAUUGAAUCGUAAGAAAUAAUACAAAGAGAAGAAUUGGAGAUGUUUACACUAUAAGUUCGGAUUUAGAUAUGGUUUUGAAAAUAAAAGAUAUCGAAAUAUAAGUUAAGUAUCUUAAUGUUAAUCGUCAUUAUUUAAAAUGUGAUGUAACCCCUGGAUAUUUUUUGUAAGUUUCAAAAUAAAAAUUUAUUUUUUAUGACAGCUCCUACAAAAUAUAAUGCAGGUCAUUUCUUUCUUUUGUAUAUUAUAAAAAUAUAAGGUGUAAAAAGCUAUAUGUAUAUAAAAGGAUUCCACGAGAGAAUUAAAUAUGUGUGCAUGUGUGGACAAGACUGUAAAUAAACGUAACCUCGAACAGUGUUUAAUGAUACAUUGAAUAUGUAACAUAAAUGAAGAAACAAUAUCUUAUACUGUGCUCAGUAUUUUAUAAACUAAAAUUGUUAUAUUGAUGUGCAAUCAUUUUUUAUAUAGUCAUGUAUUUUUGCUUUCUAGAUUUAAAUCUGCAGAUGAUAUUAAACGAGAUAUUUGUUACUAUAAAUACUGCCAUUAAUGAUAAUAAAAUUGUAAUAU